AUGGUAUAACAAAUAUAUUGUGUUUAUCAUUUUAAGUGUUGAUAGUGUAUUCUAAAUGAUAAUGGAUUAUCCUGGAUUAUUGUAGUGUGUUUGGAUUAUAAAAGAUAAUAAUGUCAAUAAAACAGGGUAUCCAGCAUCGUGUGCUGGUAGCUCAACCAAAUGAGUUUGAAUUAAAACACCGACCAGAUUUUAUCACUCAUCUACCACCACUUAGUGCUAAACCGCCCGCCUUCAGUGAAAAACCCAAGAUCUUAGAAAGAGGCUCAUACACUAAAGCAUCACCAGUGAAAGAAAAGAAACAUUUCCGUAAAGUUAGCGAUGCCAUUGGUAAUAAUUACAGUCCCGGGGCAAGACAUAUUACAACAGCACAGAUCUAUGAAGCCACACGAUUUGCAUAUACAGUGGAGGAAAUGCAUUAUUUAUCGCCACGACAACAACAUUUGACCAAUGGAAAUUCUCAUCAACCAAUAUUAUCUAUACAUGAAAGACAAAGAUCUUCCACUGAGUUAAUAGAUGUAAAUAUCAACCCCCUAGAAAAUCAGAAUGGGGAGAAAAUACCCCCUCAUUUGUCAAAUCAUAAAACACCGGCUGAGAAUGGUUACUAUAGUACAACAACACUGCCACCUAUCAUUGGAUCAUCAGCAUUACCCAGUGAAGCAGAUUAUAUUGGCAGCUAUCAGUUUGGAACCUCUGAUCCUAGUCAAAUAGUAGAGGAUGCUGAAGAAGCAACAGAAACUACUUCACAAGGACCAGCAACACCAGCACCAUCACCUGCUUCAGGUAGUCCCGUAGAGAUACCAACAACUCCAGUAACAGCUUCAGUCAGUCCUAUAGAAAUACCAACAACCCCUGUGGAACUUAUGUCUCCAAGAGAUGGUGCAGAAACAGAAGAAAGUUAUGAUAGUGGAAGACCUCCAUCAGGUUUUGUACCUGAUAUGUCUGUUGUUUUUGAAGCUCUUACACCAGGAUCUGAGUUAUAUCAAGAUGAUGAUUAUUUUGACGAAACAAAUCGUGAACAUGAUUUUAGAACUCAGGCUGUUUUAGAUGUUUUGUUUCCACCUUAUUUUUAUUCUACACAUGGUUUAUCACGUCCUAGUACUCCUGAUGAACUUGAUUUACAAAGAUAUUACAAACUUGUAGAUAAAGCUAUAGAACCACACAUGGUAGCACCUAUUACCCAGGAAACAUUUGAUGGUUUAUAUCAAUUUGUUCCUAAAACUUUACGAUCUGAUUUCCCUAAAGCAACAAACGAAUUUUUAAAGGAAAUGGAGAGUGAUUAUACAUUUGCUGUAAGACAGGCUAUUCUAGACUACUUAUUGUUAGAUCCAGUUGAGCAGGAAAGACUGGGUAUUCCAUUACCUCCAAAGGUAAAUGACUUGAAUUUAAAAGCAUCUUCCCAUGAAAAUAUUCUUUAA